UAAACAAAAAUCUUGAGUACUAGACAUGGUCACUACAACGAAAACCGCGUCUGACGCGCCUAAGAAGACUAAAGCUAAGAGAGGCGGCGGAAAGAAGAAGCUUACAGAGUUCAAUAAGUUCAUGCAGACUGAAAUGGCAAGGCUCAAGGAGCAAGACCCUAACAUGGCUCAUAAAGAACGGUUCAAACUCGUCGUCGACAACUGGAACAAGAAGAAGGAGAAAGACAACGCGACACGUUAAACACCCAUGUCUCUCGCUCAUGCGCGACCGCCUCCACUUCCCCGACAGUGCUUCUGUUUACUAUCUGCGGCAACCUCCGACAUAUUCCCGGUUUUUCUCAAU